UCUCUCUCCAAAAUAAUCCCCAAGCUAAUCACUAUGAGGAUGAGCUGUAACGGCUGCAGGGUCCUGCGAAAGGGGUAUAGCCAAAACUGCAUCAUUAGACCCUGUCUUCAAUGGAUCAAGUCCCCUGAUUCUCAAGCCAAUGCUACUCUCUUCCUGGCCAAGUUUUAUGGCCUUGCUGGCCUCCUCAAUCUCAUCGAAGCCGGCCCUGAAAACCUACGCCCUGCCAUUUUUAUGUCACUUUUAUAUGAGGCUUGCGGGCGUGUUGUAAACCCUGUUUAUGGGUCAGUUGGCAUGCUGUGGUCCAGGAACUGGGUUGAGUGCCAAGCAGCGGUUGAUGCAGUGCUCAAAGGCUCGCAGAUAACCGAAACUUCUUCUUCUGAAUCACUUACGCAGCAAUCGAUUUCCCCUCUUAAAACAUACGACAUCCGCCACGUUUUCAAGGAUCCCAACACAACUGACAUCGACAAGGUCAAGAGCCGCAAUAGUUUCAAGCGAUCCGCGACCAAGUCCAAGCGACAUGUUGACAGCAAAGAAGAUGAGAGCAUGUUCUCUGUGGAGACUCAGGAGGGUUCGCUGGUGACCCAGACCAAAAAGGGCCCUCUUUUGAAGCUUGGAAACCAAACCGUGGAGAUUGCUGAUAUUAGGUUAGAAUUGACUCUCGGUUUAGCUCCUGCAACAAUGCAAUUGCCUCGCCUCUGAGGAUGAAAUUAACCCAUCAUCAAGUGGCGGGAAUUAACUGCAGUUGGGCACAAACUAAUCCACCUCUGUGCUUCAUUCAUCACAAAUAGAAGCAAUUUUGGCGGCUAUAAAUAUAUCAUCUCUAAUUUCGACUCACCAUGCAAUACUAUGUUAAAUUUAUUAACUUUGUUUCUUUCUUGUUUGGUGAAAAAGAAUGUUCCUGGUUUUCUGUGUGUAUAUAUAUAUAUUUAUCUUUCUGUAAAAUUAGUACCCAUCUAGUUCAUAGAAAUUCUAUUUUAUGAUUACUUAACCAUUUGCGUAUCAAAUUUCACAAUUGCACUACUUUUUAUUUUCGCGAGU